GUUGGAGUGGGCCAGAGAAGGAGGGAGGGGGGAGUUACAGUGAGCGAGCUGGCGGUCUAUGGAGAUUCGAAAGAGGGACCAAGACACGGCGACCGUGAUAGACACAGACAGACAAACACAGAUCCCCCGAUAAGACCCGCGUAAAACGACGCAACAGUGUGUGUGUGAGUGAAAGAGAGACAGAGAAAGAGACACUGGACAGAGACGGGAGAGAGGUAUCUUCGGGGGAGUGACAAGAGGGGGCAGGCGGGGUGGUACACUAGAGUCUGAUUCCAGGAAGUAUAAGCCGGUCAGGUGGGACAAGACAAGACAACACAGGUGAACCGCUCUGACAAACCGGCGCACAGCUCGUGAAGACAGAAGGCCACCUGUCUGUUCAGUGACAGAGAAGGGGGGGAAGAAAAAGAGGGGAAGGAGGCAGGGAGUCAUCUGCUUUUGAGUUUAUGGACUGGAGCAGGUGGCGAUGUCUCCAGGAGAGGACGGUCUGAUCGGGAUCCCCUUCCCGGAGCACAGCAGCGAGCUCCUGUCCUGCCUAAAUGCCCAGCGGCGGGCAGGGCUGCUGUGUGACCUCACGCUGACCUCCCGGGGGGCUCGCUACCCCACACACCGCUCCGUCAUGGCGGCCGUCAGCCUCUAUUUCCGCAAGCUGUUUGGGGCGGAAGAGGGGGAGGCGGCGGACUUCGGGGUGGGAGGGGGCUGCAGCGUCUGCCAGCUGGACUGCGUGGCGCCCGACGCGCUGGACGCCCUGCUGGAGUUCGCCUACACCGCCACCCUCACCAUCCGCAGCUCCGGCAUGAGGGAGGUGCUGAAGGCCGCCCAGCUGCUGGGCAUUCAGUGCGUGGCUGACGCCUGCCGGGACAUCCUGGGGGAGAGAGAUGAGGAGGAGGAGAGGGACCACGCCGAAGAGGCGGAGAGAGUGUCCCGCCGCAAGAAAGACAGGCGGCACGUCUCGAAAUCCGGAUCGCCGCACCCCCACUCCCACCCCCACUCUCCGUCCCCCUCCUCCCCUCCUCUGGACUAUCGGCAGCCCCUCGCUACCACGUCCUCCAGCCCUGAGUACGAGGAGCAUUCUCCCGCGGCGGGGCAGAACGGCGACCAGCAGGGUGGCAGCAGGGUGACGGGGGCGACGGUGAACGGGGGCGGUAUGCACUGGGCUCCGGGGGAGACCCUCUCAGCCCCGACCCCUGAAGAUGGGCUGUCGGAGGAGGAGGACAGAGGAGAGUAUAGGGACGGGGGCUCCGCCGUCCCUCCUGUGCCACCUGAGAGAGGGGGAGCAGCAGGAGGGGGCAGGAAGAGGAAAUCGCAGACACCUCAGCAAUGUCCUGUCUGUCAGAAGAUCAUCCACGGAGCGGGCAAGCUCCCCAGACACAUGAGGACCCACACAGGAGAGAAGCCCUUUCAGUGCUCCGCCUGUGGGGUCCGCUUCACUCGGAACGAUAAACUGAAGAUCCACAUGCGUAAGCACACCGGCGAGCGGCCCUACCCAUGCCCGGAUUGCCCCGCCCGCUUCCUGCAUUCCUACGACCUGAAGAACCACCGGUCCCUGCACAGCGGGGCGCGGCCCUUCGAGUGCCCGCUCUGCCACAAGGCCUUCGCCCGGGAGGACCACCUGCAGCGCCACCGCAAGGGCCACAGCUGCCUGGAGCUCCGCACCCGGCGCCCACGCAGGGGCCCGGGCCCGGGCCCGGGGCCGGGGGAGGGCGGGGGCUCGGGGCCGCACAGGGUACCCCCCUCGCUCCUGGAUCCCCUCCCUCUGGCGCACACCUCUGCUUUCCCUCACUCGCCCCCUCAGGCCAAUUCCUCCGGCCCACCGCUGCUGUACCCCCCCGACCCCGACAGCGUCUCUAUCCCGUACCACGCCCUGCCGCUCCUGGCCCCCCACAGGCUGGCCUACGCCAGCCACCUGUGGAGAGGAAUGGGGCUGCCUGGGGGGACAGCAGGGGAGACCGGGGGCCCUCCCUCCCCGCUGGGCUCCCCACCAACACAAGCAAGAUGGGAGGAGGCAGAGGAUGGAGAGGAGGAGGAGGAAGAGGAAGAGGAGGAGGAGUAGUAAGGUAA